AGGACCUGGAUUGCACAUUCAUCGGCAUGAAGCCAACUCUUCAGGUCUUCUCCAUUAAGAUCGAGGAAGUGACAGAGGGCUUGGACUGGCCGCUUGAUGUCUAUGGCGUGGUCGCGGUGCGUGAUGUGGUGGAUCACAAGCGUAAUGUCAUCUUUUACCGCGAAAGGGACAAUUGCCAAACUGUUCACUCUGAGGAUCCGUUUCUGUCGCUUACAGGUCCUACCCGGGCUGUUGUAGUGACAGUACAUCCCACCUAUUUCGAGGUGGAUUUGAAGGUGAAAGGUACUGUGGAGUCAGAUGAUAAAGAUCUUAGUUUGUUAGCGCUGUGUUAUACAUGUAAUGGCCCAUGUACAUCAUGUGACAUUACUCGUGUUGCGACUAGCAAACUUAGCACCUUGAAAUUUAACUUCGGCCAUAUUCUCAAUUCUGUGGAGGCAACAAUUACCGUUGAUAUUCUGGCGGGACAGUGGCCAAAGGAAUAUACAAAGGGCUUGUUCACUGCCAGCACUGGAAGUCUUAGAAGGAAGGAGCUGACUCUAGUAUCUUUUGAAGAUGGUAAUCUACCUAUUGAAGAUGGUGAACUGAAGCUUGCACGACGAGUAGUUUCUGUUGAGCUUGUUGCACCUGAGGAAGGCAAGUUUAAACCAAAGCUGCUAGUUUCUAUGAAAGCACUCAAUGUCAAUGAGAAUGGCAAGGUGGAACGCCUUCUGAGCUUCAAGCCCAAGAGUCGAGGUAGUAACAGUAGAAUCAUCAAGUUUGACCAGUGUGAGAUGAAAGUCAUUGUGGCUUGGUCUCGUCUCUCCACCUUUAGGGGUAUCUACGAGAAUGCUAUGUCAGCUCAAUCUGUCUAA